UUUGACAUUGACCUGGUGCUUUUCUCUAAAGAUUUGAAAUCGAUAGAUUGCAUUAAAAACAAAGGCUAUCCUGAGACACUUGAAAAAGUUGACGAGUAUUUCGAGAAACAAUUCCAAGAAAAGUAUCACUGUGAAGAUAAACAAGGAGUAACAGUGAAGUUCACAUACAAAUUGACUGAUGAUCGUAAAAUCACAGUGAAGCUAAGCUUCUCCUGCUACUGGGACCCUGGUAAGCCUGAAGAGCUUUUUGAUAUGCUUGAAACAAUCGACUCACAUGAGAUAAGAGAACUCAGACACAUGCACUGGACACAAUUAAGGACACAUUGGACACAUGCAGCAGACACAAUGGACACAAGCAGACACACUGGACGCAGCAGACACACUGGACACAGCAGACACACUGGACACAGCAGACACACUGAACACAGCAGACACAGUCAACACAGCAGACACAAGGACACAGUCAACACAGCAGACACAGUCAACACAGCGGACACAAAGACACAGCAGACACAGCAGACAUGCACAGCAAGACACAGCAGACACAGCGGACACAGCAAGACACAGCGGACACAGCAGACACAGCGGACACAGCAAGACACAGCGGACACAGCAGACACAGCGGACACAGCAAUACACUGCGGACACAGACACAGCAAGACACAGCAGACAACACAGCGGACACAGCAGACACAGCAAACACAGCAGACACACUGGACACAGCGAACACAGCAGACACAGCAGACACACUGGAUACAGCAGACACAGCGGACACAGCGGACACAGCGGACACAGCAGACACAGCAGACACAGCAAGACACAGCAGACACAGCGGACACAGCGGACACAGACACAGACACAGCAGACAACACAGCGGACACAGCAGACACAGCAAACACAGCAGACACACUGGACACAGCGAACACAGCAGACACAGCAGACACUGGACACAGCGGACACACAGACACACUGAACACAGCGGACACAGCAGACACAGCGAACACACUGUCGACGUUGAGCACACAAUGAGCAUAGCACCAGAAGAUAAGCCGAUAGAGAGUCGGCGCAGGCGCGUCACCGAGCAUUUGUGUGCGGCAAUGAUCGACGCACAUUCACGCGGUUUACAGUGCACAUGAUUAGAAGCAAUAAUUAAAAUGGUAACAACGUCCUCUCUCGUAAAUACCACACAUGCAUGACGUACACUUAUUAUCUCGAGCUCACCUUCGAGGAUCGAGGACAGACAGAACUUGAGCAGCAAUCGCCUCUUUCUUCAUCUCUAUACUAACAUCUCCAAAAGGGCCCUGAAUGUCGCUUGUGGAGGCUUCCUUCUUUUCCAGAUUUCAAACACUCGAUCAUAGCUAGGUGGUUAUACUGUCAAUUUUCUUCAACCGAAUGUCAGUUUUCCCGCCAGGGGUUAAUUCCAACGCAUUGACAUAGAGCUCCACACUAUCAAAACAGGCAGCCAAAUAUGAUACAUCUUUUUGUUGGAUUUCCCCGACGAUUUGUGAAGUACGUAGUGAGUUGACAUUUGCCCAGCAACCGUUGAAGAGCUGUGAACUCACUGGUUGAGCAGAUGAUCCUAUAAUUAUACAGUACGGAAUGAAACUUAAAAUAACACACUUAUGCAUAUAAUAUACCGCUAAGUAUAUGAACACUAUAUAUAACAACAAAACAACCAAUGCAUGUACACACUAUAGUCGUGACGACAAAGAACGAGUGAAAAAGGUGUGGACUCUACUGGACAAGAAGGACGAGCCCACAUUAUACCUCACACAAAUUAAAAAUCAUGCAGUCUAUUACAUGGGACCUACAUGUAUAUAAUUAUGAAAGCACCGUGGAUGCUGAUGCCUCGAUGGGGAGGCACAAAAUAAUAUUAUGAAGAUAACCAUAUAGAGCGAAAUAAAAUAUAGCGGUGGGUUGACUACUUACUGGAAGCCACGCCUUUAAUCUUUGCACAUAAAUUUUUAUUGCACAUAAUUAACGAACACUUCUCGUGUAGGAUUACUAACCUACGAAAAUGGUGAAAAUUAAGCCCCUCAGGGCUAUAAUAACAGUACAUUGAGAAGUGUAUACUGAAGUGUGACACAUUAAUUAUGGUGUGUUCUGACCUGGAAGAGUUCGUUGGAGGACUAACAAGCUAAACUGUCUCAGAUUUCAACAUGAUAGCUUUGAUGUGCAACGUGUGCACGCAUGCAUACACCUCAAAGUUAAUCCUCUGCAGUGGCGUAGGAAGUGGGGUGGCUCCAGGGGCUGGAGCCCCCCCUUGUUGGAGACAAUGGAGAGCAAUGUUUAGCUUGAACUGUUGAGCUAGCAUGCUGGCCGGCUGCAGUUUUUUUGUUUUUUUUUCAGGCCCCAGAUGGGGUGGUUUUUGCUGUGUAAUUAUUAGAGGAAUGGCAUGUACAGUGACAAGGGUACGCGUAAAAUAGUAGAUAAUUAUUGUUAAUAUUAAUUACUGUCCUAUGUGAUGGGAUUCUGCUGAGAUCAAGUCGAUCUCAAUGGGUGUCCUGGUUGGAUGUCCUGGCUGCAUGUCCCACCGACGAUCUUGCGCCUCUAAUUGCUUGGAUGGCUGAGCGUAGGAGGGAGAAGGUUAGGCGACAUCUUAGCCAGCAUAGAGUUUUAUUGUAGGUGAUGUCCCAUUUCUGGGCAAGUAGUGAGCUCAGGCGUUUGUAGAAGAGUGAUGCUUCUACGCCCAUGCCUCCUGUAACAGAUAAAACUAACGGUGUGAAAGAGGAGUGUUCAACUUUCUGGACUGGACUCUUUGCUGAUAAGCCCGUUUCUUUUCCAGUUCGUGUUUUCUGUAUGUUGCUGCAUGUGACUGCAUGGUUUCUGUUGGAGGGGGCAAGGGGGUUGAACACUCUCACAUCAAAGUAUGUUUUUGGAAUCUUCCCCCCCAGACACCAUUGGCUGAUAUAUCCAAACGUGCGUUUUCUUGGCUGUUCGCUGAGGCCCCGUUGAGUUGGUCCGCGUUCACAGGUUGUAGGUUGGGCUCCACACACACUUCACUGCAUACUUCCGUGAGAAGGAUGCUGUGGUAUCUCUUAUUUCGUUGUGCCUUAACGUAGGAAACCCUCCUUUGGCGCAGGAGAGGGCGUGCUCCACAUUGAAGUUUUUGCCACAGUCGCAUUUGGAGGGCAAGCGAGUUGGGGUCCAGCCAUAGCGUAGUGCCAGGGUAUCUUGGAAGGCCGACUUGUGUAUAGUGUGAAUCCAUGGUUCCGAUAGUGGGAGAACCGUGAGCCAAGUGGAGGCUCCUUUUGUCUUGAAUCGCUCCACUGCCUUCUGGAGCCCGUCCGGUAGCUGUUGAUGUAUAGAGGCUGCUUGUCUGUUCCUGUUGUCCUUUAACUGACCUCUCUUUUCUUCAGUUGCUGGUCAUACUAUGUUAUAUCCAUAUUCAUUGUCUUGAGCUAGGAUGUGGUCAGAGAGGGAUGAGGUGACUGUGAGAGAGUGGUGCAGUUCUUUGUCCGCUAGCUUGGAGGGGUAGCCUCGAGACCAGCCGUUCGUUAUCUGAAAGAACGCCUGGUCAAGUUCCAAUGUAGCACUGGUCCUAUGGUCCAGGAAUUUCUUGGACCGGUAAUUGCCCACAAAGGUCCGUCCAAGGUGUAUUAUACCCAUGAAUAUCAUUAUGAUGCUAUAAAACGCUGACUCAGCUAGAACCAGUGCUACAUUGGAACUUGACCAGGCCUGGUCAAGUUCCAAUGUAGCACUCGUCCUAUGAUCCAGGAAUUUCUUGGACCGGUAAUUGCCCACAAAGGUCCGCCCAAGGUGUAUUACCCAUGAAUAUCAUUAUGAUGCUAUAAAACGCUGACUCAGCUAGAACGAGUGCUACAUUGCAUGGAACUUGACCAGGCGUUCUUUCAGAUAACGAACGGCUGGUCUCGAGGCUAUUGGAGG